AUGAGAGUUGUACGACUUGGGGUUAUCGUGCCCUCGUCGAAUACCGCGGCAGAGCCGCUGACAAAUGCCAUCGUCUCGUCCAUACAUUCCGAGGGUCUGUCUAUCUCGGUGCACUUUUCUCGAUUUCGUGUUACCACGAUCGAUCUCUCUCCGAACGCAACCGCUCAGUUCGAAUUUGAACCAAUCUUGUCUGCAGCAAGGCUGCUGGCCGAUGCUAAGGUCGACGUGAUCGGCUGGUGUGGCACAUCUGCCGGAUGGCUUGGAUUUGAGCACGAUGAGAGGCUGUGCGCUGCAAUUGAAGCCGACACUGGUAUCAAGGUGACAACGUCUGUCCUGUCGCUCAACGCGCUCAUGCACAGUUUGGGCGUCACCUCGAUAGGGCUGGUGACCCCAUACAUCCAAGCGAUGAAUGAUGCGAUACGCUCCAAUUAUGCAGCAAUCGGAAUAGAUAUUAGCCCGAAUUGGGAACGCCACCUGGGAAUCACGGACAACAACCAGAUUGUGCAAGUAGAUGAAAGGACCUUGGAUGAAAUGGUGAUGGAUGUGGCGGCCAACGGCGCGCAUGUAUUGACAACCUUUUGCACCAACGUUCGAGCAGCACAGCGCGUGGAGUAUUGGGAAAAGUCGCUCAGGGCCACUGUACUUGAUUCUGUUAGCACGACAGUUUGGGGGAUGCUGAAGUUGGUGGGAGUCGACACCCGGCUUGUGAAGGGCUGGGGCUUUAUGUUCGAGGUUGACUGA